AUGAGCAUGGAGUUGGCUCAUCAUGACAUGGGUGGCUAUCUGGAUCCGAGAAGCUUUGGUGGAGGUACCUUAGGAUUCGAUGACUAUAACACUUCAUCGUCUCUGUAUGAUGUGAAUACUUCGUUUGGUGACGAUAUCACAAAUGAUCAAAAGGAGCUUUUUAACAAUGAUGCUGUUCCUUUCAGUCAAGUUUAUAUUUCAAGAUAUGAUCAAACAAGGAACGUUCCCACCUAUCCAGUGAAAACAGCAGAUCCAUCCACAUGUACUCAAUAUGCUCCUGUGAGGACAUUGAUUAGUUCUUCCAUCAAAUCUAACGGGAGCUCCUCUAGUCGUCGUACCUCAUCUCGUAGCGCACAGAAAAAGGAAGCAAUAGAUCCAAAAAGAGUAGAAGAUGAAGUUGCUAGGUAAGC